AUGGCGAAGAUCAAACCUCAAGCGUUAUUGCAGCAAAGCAAGAAGAAGAAAGGGCCGUCUCGUAUCAGCAUAACCAACAUCGUCAUUUACAGUUUGGCUGUGCUGUUGGUUAUCUUCGUCCUCUUCUCCGCCUACAGACGUUGGACCCACAGAUCUGAUUCUGAGAUCCCAACGCACAAUGGUAGAUCAGUUCUUGAGGAUGCAGCCUUCCCGGGAAUGAAGAAUACCAAUCUCCCACGCUUUGCUACCUUGGAUACGGGCAAAGGUUCAGUGACCAUUGAACUGUUCAAGGAUACUGCUCCCAGUGUUGUUGAUCAGUUCAUGAAAUUAUGUCAAGAUGGGUAUUUCAAGGGUUUCUUAUUCCGUAGAGUUGUAAAGCAUUCAUUGAUUCAAGCUGGUGACUCUGGUGAGUUCGAUGCUGUCAAAGAUUGGGCUCUCCAAAGGAAGAAUCUUGAUUCCAGUUUAAAACAAGAAGAAUUCAUGGUGGGAACUCCUAAAGCUAAGAACGAGCAAGGAGGAUUCGAGUUUUUCAUUGUAUCUGGUCAGAUCGCAGAUCUCAACGAGAAAUUGACAGUCUUUGGUCGUGUUGCGAAGGGACAAGCCGUCGUUGAGGAGAUCGAGGAGGUUGAGACUGAUGAACAAUACCAACCAAAAUCUCCAAUAGAGAUCAUGUCCGUCACUUUGCUUCAAGACAUGUGA